AAGGGAGGGGGCUGGGGAGGGAUAGUUGGGAGGGUAGAAGGGGCUGGGGAAGAAUAGUUGGGCAGGAGGAGAGGGUUGGGGCUGGGACACCUGGGAUAGAUACAAGGGAAUGAGGAGAAACAGUGUGGACAGGAGGGGAUGAUAAGUAACAAGUGGAACAGGAACAAGAGGGGCAGUUGGGAUGGUACCAAUAAAGACAGUUGGGAGAAAAGGACCCCAGGAAGGGUCAGUUGGGAUGAAGAGAGCCUCAGAAAAACAUUUUUUGAGGACAGAGGGCUAUUUGGGGCAAAUCAGGAUGAAGGAAAGAUGCUAUUAAAGAAUAACUUGGAUGGGAAUAUGUGGGCCAGAGAUAGAGGGCUUAAGAGGGAUUAUUUCUUUUGGAAAAAGGGGCAGAGGAAGGACACUUUGGAAGCUGCAAUGAGACGGAUUAAUAGUAUAAAUAAUACAGCAAUGGACAGGAAACUGAGGACUGAAAAUCGGGACAGAGACAUGGGCCUGGAGAGGCACAGUUUGGAAAGGAAGGUGCUGUCGAAAAACAAGUGGAAAAAAGGGAUGUAUAUGGGGAAGGACAGUUUGGAAAGGGACUUUGGACUGGGGAGGGACACUUGGGAAAGGGGGAGGAGACGGAAAAAGGAGAAAUGGGAAAAGGACAGAGGACUGGGUAAGGACGGUCUCAAGAGGAGAAGGCUGAGGAAGAGCAGUUGGGAGAAGGGAAGGGCAUCAAGGGGCAGUCCUGACAAUUACAGGAGAAUGGGGAAAGACAGUUGGGAAAAGAAGAGGAAUCUGGGGGCGGACAAUUUGGACAGGAUGAUGAGGAAGAACAGUUGGGAAAGAAAGAAAUCACUGAGGAAAGACAGCUGGGAUUUGGGAAGACUUCCAAUGGAGAACUGGGAAAGAGGGAGGAGGCUAAAGAGGGACAAUUUAAGCAGAAGGAAGGGAUUGGAAGACAGUUGGGACAGGAGGAGGAGACAGCAGAGGGAUAGUUUGGACAGAAGGAAGUAUCUGACAAAGGACUACUGGGAUGGGGUGACCGGGCUGAGACGGCCCUCCUGGGACAGGGGGAGGAAUCUAAAGGGGAAUAGUGUGGAUGGGAGGAAGUACCUGUCAAGAGAGAGUUGGGACGGGGUGACAGGGCUAAGGCGGUCCUCCUGGGACAGGGGCAGAAGACUGCAGAGGGAUAAUGUAAACAGGAGAAGGUAUUUCAUGCAUGGUGUGUGUCGUGAAGGGAGCCAGUGCUUGUUUUCACAUGACUUAUCAACAAGCAAGCCAUCUACAAUCUGCAAGUUCUACCAGAAAGGCUAUUGUGCCUAUGGAUCUCGUUGCAGGUACGACCACACGAGGCCGGCGGCGGCGGCCAGCAGCGCGGCGGGGGGGGCCGGGCCUCACGGCCUGCCAUCCCCAAUUUUCCACAGUCCGCACCCUCACCCCGACGUGACUGCGUCUGUGAUGAAAAGCAGCUCCCACGAACCUGGCAAGCGCGAGAAGAGAACACUGGUGCUUAGAGACCGGAAUCUGUGUGGCUUAACUGAAGAAAAGACCAGGCCCUGUGCUGUGAAUGAGCUGGGAGGUUGCAGUGACUCAAACAGUAGCAUGGAGAUGAAGCCUCAUUCCUACUUAGAAGCCAUCCGGAGUGGCCUGGAUGACGUGGAGGCGGGGAGCUCUGACGGUAACGAGCAGCAGCUGUGCCCCUACGCGGCCGCCGGCGAGUGCCACUUCGGUGAUGCUUGUGUCUAUCUCCAUGGCGAUGUUUGUGAGAUCUGUAGGUUACAAGUCCUGCAUCCUUUUGACUCAGAGCAAAGAAAGAUGCAUGAGAAGCUCUGCAUGGCAACCUUUGAACACGACAUGGAGAAAGCCUUUGCUUUCCAGGCAAGUCAGGAGAAAGUGUGUAGCAUCUGCAUGGAGGUGGUCUAUGAGAAACCAUCAGCCUCAGAGAGGAGGUUUGGGAUCCUCUCCAACUGCAGCCACACGUACUGUCUGUCCUGCAUCCGACAGUGGAGGUGCGCCAAGCAGUUUGAGAAUCCCAUCAUCAAGUCCUGUCCAGAAUGCCGAGUAAUAUCUGAAUUUGUGAUCCCAAGUGUGUACUGGGUUGAAGACCAGAAUAAGAAAAAUGAACUGAUCGAAGCAUUUAAGCAGGGAAUGGGAAAAAAAGCCUGUAAAUACUUUGAGCAAGGCAAAGGGACCUGCCCCUUUGGGGGAAAAUGCCUUUAUCUGCAUGCUUACCCAGAUGGGACGAGAGCUGAACCUGAGAAACCUCGGAAACAGCUCAGCUCAGAAGGCACUGUGAGGUUCUUCAAUUCUGUCCGGCUUUGGGAUUUUAUUGAGGAUAGAGAAAGCCGACACAUCCCAGCUACUGAGGAAGAUGAUGUAACUGAACUCGGUGACCUUUUCAUGCACCUUUCAGGAGUGGAAGAGUCUGCGUCGAAUCCUUGAGAGUGAACUGAAUCCCCCUCCCUCACUCCCUCCCCAAUCCCUUGCCACACCAUACCCUAGGCUCUCUGCCGGACCAGGCCUGUGUGUUUAGAGAGGGUGUGCUGCAGAGUUCUACAUUUACUGCAACAGUACUUGAUGUGUCACUUGGAUUAAGUGAGGUUGUGUUAAACCUUUGUCUGAUCCAGUCUCCAUUAUUACAGCAAUGGAAACAUUGAAGGAUAUAAAAUAAAAAAUUAACAGAAGUAUAUGUAAUCUCCAUUUUCAUGGUUAAUUAAUUCUUUAGUUACUUUUAAGCCUCUGUAUGACUGAGAGCUGAAGACCAGACUUGCUAAGGUUGAAGAGGUUCAUCAGCAGGUUGAUCACAGCAUCUCUUGAAGAUUAUCUACUGUAAAAUCAGAAAGGGCCUAUGACCUUUCCUGGCAGAGAUGGCACUCAUAACUGAUAAAUGACAGCUCCCUGAGAGAAUCCAUCCAGCCAUUCAUGCACAUGGUCCCUGCCUGGUUGGUGGUUUCUUGGUAGAGGAAAAACACAAUGGACAGAGUGGCAACAAAAAAGUGGCUUUUCUGUUUUCUGCAUCUUUUUGCCAUUUGUGGCUUAGUGCAUCCAUAUAAGCAAAACCCAAUAUCUGAAAAUCCAGAUUUACAAAGUGAAUUUAAUAAUGAGGCAACUUUUUUGCAUCCCUCCCCCUUGUACCAUCUAUCUUCCCUCAGGCAUUUUAAAUUAUUUGAAUUUCAAAAAUCUAAUUUUACAUCUUUUUCAAACACACAUGUCAUAAAAAUAACGUAUACUUGCAGUGUAAAACUUUAAUUUGAGUUUGCCUAUUAAAGCUAUUUUGAUUUCUUAGA